AUGACGAAUCAAAUUUACUGUAAGUUCGCUCAUCUCUAGUAAUCUUAUUGACCCACAGAAUAAAGAACAUAUGUAAUUUUUACUGUAAAUUGUACAGUGUGAAAACAAAACCUUCCAAAAUUAGCAAAAUUGUGGUUUUCUUUUUAAUUUCCCCACACAAAUAGUAUAUUUUUUGUAAAAUAAGUGAUGUCAUUACAAAGGACAACUGGUCGUGCAAAAAACAAUCCCUCAUACUAGUCUGUGGAUGAAAAUAUAAGAGUUAUGAUUUUUAGAAGGCGAGGAGGAAAAAACGAAAAUGCAAAAACAAAAUUGGCCUGGUCCUUAUGGGGUUAAUGAUGAGGAGUUAACGUGCACAUAAAGCUCUGUCAGAAAUUGGAGAGGAGGUCAUGGGGGCCUCAUUAGCUUAGGGUUUUACUCCCAAAUGCGACCCCUUGAGCUAUGCAUUGUCUGUGCUGGAGAAUAAGGUACAAUAUACUCUUGGAAGCAAGAGGUUGUGGGUAACGACUACACAUUCCAUAAAGCCUUUGGCCAUAUUCCAGUAUCUUGGGCCCAAUUUUAAACUGUAAAAUGUUCAUAUUACAGUCCCCAAAACAGCUGAUUAUUUUUGUCUAUUAAGUUCUGAUAAACUCAGUAGUAAAAUGACUAAUUGUUCAUACACACAUUAAUUUUACAGCCAUAGGUUUUUACUUCCAUAAAAUUGUGUCAAAUUAUUCACAAAUGGAAGAAACACAAAAUAAAUGUUGAUCUCACCUCGUGGCGUGUUAAUGAUCAUGGCAACGGUGAGCAAUUUCAGAUGUUCAUUUUCUUUAGACGGGCCUGUACACAAGCUUUCUUGAGCAGGGGGACCUGUCAUGAGCUGCAGGAUUUUAAUCCUCGCUGUAGUGUGUUACCAAUUGUUUUCUUGGUGACUAUGGUCCCAGCUGCCUUGAGAUCAUUGACAAGAUCCUUCCGUAUAGUUCUGGGCUGAUUUCUCACUGUUCUCAUGAUCUUUGAAACUCCACGAGGUGAGGUCUGACAUGUAGACCCCGACCAUGGGAUAUGUAUAGAUAUUUUGUUUUCUUUCAAUUGUGAAUAAUAGCACCAACUGUUGUAAACUUCUCUCCAAAGUGCUUGACAAUGGUCAUGUAGCCCAUUCCAGCCUUGUGUAGAUCUACAAUCUUGUCCCUGGCAUCCUUGAACAAAUCUUUGGUCUUGGCCAUGGUGGAGAGUUUGGAAUCUGAUCCUUUACGGAAUUUGCCCAUCAUCCGAAAAAAAAAAAAAGAAAACAACCAUUAAAUUAUAGACUGGUCAUUUCUUUGUCAAAGGGCAAAUGUAUAAAAUCAUCAAGGGAUCCAGUAUUUUUUUUCCUUCACUGUAGUCUUUACAUAUACUAAAUUCAAGCUCACACAGUAGCAUACUUCCCAACUGUCCAUUAGAGUAUAUGUCAGGAAAUCUUCUCAAUGUAUACUUUUCAGUAAAGGUUUGACCGCAGUGUGCGCAGAGCCUUACUAACUGAAUGACUGCAUACUUGUCCAAAGAAAACAUUGAAACAUUAUAUGCAUUUCAGAAGUCCUAAAUACUCCCACCAUGAGCCUAUCCUCAACCAACUAUAUACCAUCUAUAUACUUUAUGAUGAGCCUGAUAGGAAUUAGGGGGUCCUGGUUCACUCCAUACUUGAAGUUCUCAACUUUUUUAUAUACUGAACACCGAACAAUUCUGGGUGCUAGUCUUUAUUUUCCUUCCCUGUUCUGGUGGUGAAGCUUCUCUAGUAACAGGAGGAGUCACCACAAAUUCGACAUCAGUAAUCCUACACCAGAUCCCUAUUUGGUUUUUAUCAUUUCCUUCCUCAGUGUGAAUCAGCAGUAAACACAAUCAUUGAGCUGCAGGGGUUAAUUAUUCACGAGAAUCUCUCCGCCCUUCUUAUGUAAAGAAACUUUCAAGCUUUCGAUUCCUGCUCUUUCCUACUACAAUGGCGUCUGCUGAGCUGAGGGACGGGCUGAACUGCUCCAUCUGCCUGAGCCUCUAUACAGAUCCUGUAUCUCUGAGAUGUGGACACAACUUCUGCCGCUCGUGUAUAGUUCAGGUGCUGGAUACACAGGAUGGGUCUGGAGGUUACUCCUGUCCUGACUGCAGAGCAGAAUAUCCGGAGCGCCCGGUCCUGGAGAAGAACAGGAAGCUGGGAAAUAUAGUGGAGCAUUUCUUCUCUACUCAUCCUGAUAUGGAGGAGACCAGAAUCUUCUGUUCUUACUGUAUAAAGUCUCCGGUACCGGCUGUGAAAUCCUGUCUGCAGUGCGAGAACUCUCUAUGUGAUGACCACCUGACAGCCCACAACAAGUUGAUGGAUCAUAAAUUAGCAGAACCAACCGGCUCCUUUGACAACAAAAAAUGUCCCAUCCACAAGAAGGUUCUGGAGUUUUAUUGCCCAGAGGACGCAACUUGUCUGUGUGUUACUUGUUGUCUGGUUGGUGAACACAGGGGGCACCAGGUGGAACUUCUUGAGGAGGCUUCUGAGAGGAAGAAGGAGAAACUGCGGAAAUAUCUGGAUGAAAUAAACCCCCAAAAAGCAGAAAUUCAAAUAAGAGUCCAGGAUCUUUACAAUCAUUUAUGGAAUAUUCAUGAGAAAGCCUCAGAUAAGAAAGAGAACAUCAGUAAGUUAUUUAUGGACAUUAAAAAGCAACUGGAAAUGGCUGAAAAGAAAGCGUUAUGGGAGAUCUCCAGACAGGAGGAGAAGAUUGUGGCCCAGAUAUCUGAAUUGAUCCAGAACCUGAAAAAAAAGGAGGAUGAGCUGUCCAGGAUGAUGCAUCACUUCGAGGAGAUGUGCGAUGUCACGGACCCAGUACGAUUCUUACAAGAGAAUGACAUCACAGUAUGUGGUCAUGGAGAUGGUGAAGACACAGAGAAAUAUGGUGGAAACAUCAAAUCUGGAGAUGAUCUGGACGAGGUUCUGAUCUUACUGAAUUUACAGCAAUCUAUAAGAGAUAUUGUCACCACUGUAACAUCACACCUCGGGUUCCAGGUUCCAUAUAUGAUGGAUGUGGACACUGCUGGUGAUUAUGUGAAGUUAUCGGAAGAUCUAAAAACCACAACAGAGUCAAGAGAUAAACAGAACAGACCAAAAUCACAAGGAAGGUUUCUGAGUUAUCCCCAAGUGUUAAGCAGAUGUGGCUUCUCCUCAGGAAGACAUUACUGGGAGGUGGAGUGGAACCAGAUUGGUGACUGUAUUAUCGGGAUGUCCUAUCCCAGUAUAAGAAAGAAAGGACGACCAUCUGGUAUUGGAGAUAAUGAUAAAUCUUGGUCUUUGAUUAUGUUUAAUGCAAUAUGUAAAUCAUUACACAACUCAGUUCAAGUAAUCCUCAACGUGCAGCCAACAUGUCCAACACUUGGAGUCUUCCUGGACUACGAGGCCGGGCGUCUGUCCUUCUAUGAGCUGUGUGACCCCAUCAGACACCUACACACCUUCACCGCCUCCUUCACUGAACCCCUACAUGUUGCCUUCUACAUGAACAAAGGAGCCUCUCUUACAAUAAGAAGCUGAGGCCACAUCACAUUACAGUGGUCCCUCAACAUACGAUGGUAAUCCGUUCCAAACGGACCAUCGUUUGUUGAAAUCAUCGUAUGUUGAGGGAUCCGUGCAAUGUAAAGUAUAGGACAGUG